AUGGAAAGCUUCUUUUUGCAGCACCAUGUGCUCCAAAAUCGUGACCCGGAUGAAGUCGGUGGCCAAGUCAACUCGGACUCGGAAGCCAGCGACGAUCAGGAAGAAUUUACAAAUCAAGUUAGCUCUGUAGCUGAUCCGACAGGACCAUGGAGGCAAAGACUUGUGAAUGAUGAGACAUGGGGAAAGCCUACGCGGCGUUUCCGUGGUGGUAAGGGUCGUGACUUUGCUUCAGUGCACACUGGACCUAAAGGGGUCAUCAACGACUAUAAGGCUCACAAACGCUAUCAGAAGGAGGAGCGCCUGAGGGAGGAAGAAAAACGUCAAGCAGUCCUCAACCGUAUUACGAAAGGUGCCAUUGUCCCUUUUGAUCCUUCAACGGGGCGGAAUGUACGUGCACACUUUGACUUCGAGUGCGAUGAAGGAUCGGAUUGGGAAUGUGACAAUAGCGACAUGGAAGAUGACACCUUCUUGGUGCAGUAUGCUGAGAUGCGUGUCAAGCAAAUGCAACAAGUGGCUCGCAGUCGCACGGUCUACGGUGACUUGGAGUACAUUACCCCCAAGCAAUUCGUAAUGCUCACUUCGAGUACGGGUGAUCAUGCUGGCAGCAGUAUGCUCGUGCACCUCUACCACCCGGAAAAUUACGCAUGCGGUCUGCUGAACACUCAGCUAGAGCUACUGGCACGCAAACUUGUCCAUGUCAAGUUUGCAGCGAUGAUGGCCAAGGAAGCCGACACGUCCAUUGAAGCGGCAGAUCUUCCGGUAGUACUGAUCUUUCGCAACCAGCAGCAGCAGGAAGCUGUCGUGGACGUCACACAUCGUCUCGAUGGUGAAUUCACGUUUGAUCGAGUGGAAGCAUUCGUGAGUGAACAACUUGAGCUGUAA